AGAAACGAAAUGGGGCAUCCCACUGAAAAGAAAAGGAAAGGCCGAAAUUUCCACCAAAUAAUUGGAACCAAAAGCAAAAGCAGAGAGUAGAAGGGAAAGAAAGGGGCAUCUAUCUUUCUACACUGGUAGGAAUUUGGAACCCAAUUCCCAUUCAACUGAAAAACCACCAAAAUUUUGAGAUUUCCCUGAGCCGAGUUUUGUUGCUUCAUCAUGGCUUCUCCUUCUGGACCUCGUUAUGACGUGUUCCUGAGCUUCAGAGGUGAAGACACCCGAAAGAACUUCACUGAUCACCUCCACAAAGCCCUUCUCAACGCCCGAUUUGAUACUUUCCGAGACGACGAUGAACUUCCAAGAGGAGAAGCCAUCAAACCAGAGCUGGAGAGAGCCAUCCAAGACUCGCGAAGCUCUGUCAUCGUGUUUUCUAAAGACUACGCCUCUUCCAAAUGGUGCCUGGACGAGCUUGUCAUCAUCCUUGAACGCAGGAGGACCUUCAAUCAUUUCGUUUUACCAGUCUUCUACCACGUUGAUCCAUCCCAUCUGAGGAAGCAGACUGGAAAUGUUGCAGAAGCAUUUAUUGAACACCAGAAAACUCAAUCCUCUGAGAAGUUGAAUGGAUGGCGGGCAGCACUUAAAGAAGUUGCAGAUCUAGCAGGAAUGAAUUUACAAGACGAGUACGAGGCAGAGUUCAUCCAAAAGAUUGUUCGAGAGAUUCAUGAGAGGCUAGGUGGUGUGCCCCUAAGCAAUGUCCAGAAGGAAUUAGAGGAGAUGUUGUCAUAUGUUGACCCUGUUCUUAAUGACGCUGAGGGGAAACAACUCCAAAGUGAUGUGAGGCCAUGGCUCCAUAAGCUUAAAGAGGCUGUCUAUGAUGCUGAGGACCUGUUGCAGGAGAUCAAAAUAGAAGCCUUGAGGCUAAAGAUAGAACACGAAGACGAAUAUGGGAGUAGCACGAGUAAGGUACAAGAGCUCAUCUCUACUCCAUCUCAUGCUUUUGACCCAGCAUUGAUAUACCCCAGGGUAAAGAAAGUUCUUGAAAGACUAGACAACAUUAGGAAGAAGACAAAAGAUGUCCUGGCUUCGAUAGUAACCGCUGGACACAGAGUAUCACAAACACUACCGUCAACUUCUCGGGCAGGAAAGUCUGUGUGUGGAAGAGAUGAAGAGAAAGAAAGAUUGGUUAAAUUAUUGCUAUCAGAUGAUGAGACUGGCAAUGAAAUAGGUGUGAUUCUUAUUGUGGGUAUGGGUGGGAUCGGAAAGACCACCCUUGCCCAGUUUCUAUACAAUGAUCCUACAGUCAAGCAACAUUUUGACAUUCGAGCAUGGGUUUGGGUUUCAAAAGAAUUUGAUAUCCUUAGGAUCUCGCAACGCAUUUAUGAGUCCCUCACCUCAAAAGCUUGCCAAAUCACAAACCUAGAUACGCUUCUAAAAAAGUUGCAGAAAACUUUGAGGGGGAAAAGGUUCUUCUUUGUUCUUGAUGACAUCUGGAACAAGGUUGAUAACCUGUUGGAAUUCUUAAUGCCUCACCUUGAGUCUGCAGCACAUGGAAGCAAGAUUCUUAUCACAACACGCAAUGAAAAGGUUGCACGUAAGGUGUGUAGCCUUGAAGCUCACCGUCUCAUGCCAAUGUCUGAGCAAGAUAGCUGGUCGUUAUUCGAAAAACAUGCCUUCAAAAAUGCAGGUGUUGGUACACACACACAUCUUGAAGAAAUCGGUAGAAAAAUUGUUCACAAGUGCACUGGUCUUCCUUUGGCUAUUAAGUUUCUUGGGGGUCUCUUAUGUUCUAAAUUGUCAGUGGAGGAAUGGGAAAGUAUAUUGAACAGUGACAUGUGGGAGCUCUCGCCGGAUGAGUGUGACAUUCUGCCAUCUCUAUGGUUGAGCUAUCUAGAUCUGCCUCUACCUCUCAAGCGUUGUUUUGCCUAUUGUUCCCUGUAUCCCAAGAACUAUGAAUUUCGAAAAUCAGAGUUGAUUUACUUGUGGAAGGCUGAAGAUCUAUUGCAACAUGAAAAAAACAAAACAACAGAAGAAGUCGGACAAGACUACUUCAAUGAUCUAAUCUCGAGAUCAUUUUUUCAACUUUCAUCAUGUGCCUAUGAAACUACUUGCAUCAUGCAUGACCUUAUCAAUGAUUUAGCAAGCUUUGUAUCUGGAGAAUUUUGUUUUAGGUGGGAGGGCAGUGAUUCACCCAACAGUUUGAGCAAGACUCGUCAUUUUUCAGAUAUUCCAGAAUAUCAUUAUUAUACAGAUGCUGAUAGCAGCGUAGAGAUGUUUGUGGCUUUACAGCAAGCUAAAUGUUUGCGCACCUUUGUAUCAUUACAACCACCUCGGUGGUCGAAAAUGUUCAAAGGACGAUGUGAUAUAUUGCCAAAAUCACAAUGUUUAAGAGUGCUCAACUUAUGGGGGUACCUGAUUGAGGAAUUGCCUGAUUCAAUUAACUUCAAACAUCUUACAUACUUAGACUUGUCUUGGACUGCCAUCGAAAAGUUACCUGAUACAUUUUGUACUUGGUAUAACUUGCAAGUAUUGUUGUUGGUAGGGUGUACAGGCCUUACUGAACUGCCAGCCAACUUGGGAAGAUUGAUCAACUUGAGCCAUCUGGAUAUUACGUUAACAGGGAUAAAAAAGAUGCCACCACAAAUGGGUAAGUUGAAAGACCUCCAGAUGCUACCAAAGUUUGUGGUAGACAAACACACUGCUGGGGAAAAUUUGGCAGAGUUAAAGAAGCUUGAAAAAUUGUGUGGAAGACUGUGUAUCUCAGGGCUUGGGCAUAGCAGCGGUUUGGAGGCCUACAUACUGAGGGACAAGAAGUUUCUUAAGGAACUGGUUUUGGAUUGCAGCGGAAGGGAUUCAAAAAAGAAACUGGGUUUGAGUUGGAGAAUAAGGGAUUGGAGUGGAACGCAUUCAAGUGAAGAAGAAGAAAAUUAUACUGUAGAAGAAAGAGAAGUGCUUGAGAAGCUCCAACCUCACCUGAACCUGGAAAGGCUUACAAUUGAACGUUAUGGAGGCAAAAUGUUUCCAGGUUGGUCAGGAUAUUAUUCUUCCUCUGCUCUUGUUUAUCUUGAACUUGAAAAUUGUGAGAAUUGUAUCUCCUUGCCACCAUUGGGACAGUUACCUUCCCUCAGAGAGCUUCAUAUUCGUUGGUUAAAUAAAGUGGUGUCCAUAGGUUCUGAAUUCUAUUAUGGUGCUUGUGUGAAUAAACCAUUCAGAUCUCUACGGUCUUUAAAAUUCGACCAUAUGAGUAGGUGGAAAGAAUGGUCUUAUGUUGAAGGUGCGGUUUUUCCUAAUCUUGUUGAACUUGAAAUAUUAUACUGUCACAAUCUUACCUGGAGAUUAGCGUCAGACAGUUUCCCAUCUCUCGAAUCUUUGAAGGUAUUGAGUUGCUCAAAAUUCGAUUGUUCUCCGAAAGAUGGAUUGCCGUCAAAGUUAAAAUCACUUGACCUCAGCAACUGUAAAAAAAGUGAAUUUGAACAAGGGUCUCCGAAAACUCACCUCUCUUGAAAAAUUGUCACUUGGAUUUCACUGCGACGAACAAGUAGAUUGGUUUACUGAGGAGGAGGACUCUCACUUAUCUCGAGAUCAGCAGUUCGGAUUGUGAGACCAUCGACGGCGCCAGGUGGUUUGGUCAUCUCAACUCUCUUCAAGAAUUGAAAUUUUGGUAUUGCCUUAAGCUCCGGUGCUUGCCAGAUAGUGGACUACCCACUUCUCUUUCUCAUCUAAAUAUUCAUGGAUGCCCUUUGCUUGAGAAACGGUGCCAAAGAGAGACGGGUGAAGAUUGGCCCAAGAUUGCUCACAUCAAGAGCGUAUAUAUCGGUUCAUAAUGAUAUGACAACGACAGAGGGCUUGCAUAUUCUGCGUGUAAGAUCCUAUUGUUUGAACUGAUUGUUGAUUCCACAGUUCUAGGGUCUUGCUUGAACUCAUGAUCGAUGGGUUUGACAACGACAUGCCAUAUGAAGGAGAAACAGACCAUUUCCAUUUCCAUUUCCAUUUCCUACGCAGUUUCGUGGAAAGGGAGCAAAAUUUCUUGAUAUGUUAAGACAGAGAUGGGCCAAGGUUAAGAUUGCUCGCAGGACCAAUAUUGCCAUGUUUUGAUGUCUGAGUUCCAAGUAUAAUUCUCAAAUUCUCUCUCAGUUGAGUAGAAUGAAAAGCACAGAGAUAUGAGAGCCAAUUUUGGGUCAGCUUCAGGGUCGAGCUGAUAGUAAUGGUUUUCUGUUUUCUUUUGCCAGUGUAUAUCAGCUCUCUAGAAGUUAACUUUUGCAAUUAUAUGCAGCGCUGCCACUAAAGCCUUAGGCCCUGCAUUUUGGAAAAGAUGGAGAGAGAAAGGUGAACUAAGAUUGUUAUUUCCUGACAGUCCCAGUUGCAGUGCUGCCAGUGAAGAAAAUGAAGGCAGAGAGAGGAAGUCAUUUUCUGAUUUUGGAGAAGUCUGUUUCAGUCACAAGGAAGAUAACCUGUCAUAUUCUUGCCAUGGUACAAUUCAAGCAGAGCUCUAUCUAUAAUAGUGCUCAUCCAAAGACUUCAUCAUGGAAACCCGAAGGAGAAAAUAGCAGCUGCUGCUCAUGAGAGGGUGUCGAAUGUGAUGAAGAGACUGGUCAUAUCAUUGGUCUUCAUCUUAGUAGCAGUUGUCUCUAUGCCUCUGCCAACUCCAGCAACCGCCUCUUCCGUCUAGUUCAUCUUCAGAAAAGCUGGACCUCUCUGAUAAUUACUUCAAUUACUCCCAAAUUCCUACUGCCAUUAGGAACUUUACAAGGCUUAGUUAUCUCGACCUCUCUGCCUCUGCCCUUUUGGGUCGUGUCCAUUUGGAAGUUUCACAGUUGUCUGAGUUGUCAUCCCUGAGCCUUUCAUUUAACACGCUUAGUGAUCCAUUCUCUGCUUGGCAAACCUUACCAAUCUCACAUACUUGGCAAUUGAAACUAGCAAUUUCAAUAAGGGUCCUUUGUCUUUGGUUGAUAAGCUAACCAAACUCACUGAAUUGCAUCUUAAAAGCAUCAAUUCAAUUGGUUACAUCCCAUAUUAUCCUACUACAUACUGUCUCAUUCUUUGGUACAAUAGAUCCUAUUCAUUCGUUGUAAAACAUGUAGUAUUUUUAUGCCCAAUGAAAGGAGUUGCAGUGAA